UGAGUUAAUGCUGAAGCGUUGAUCGUUUCCACACAGACAGCAGCAGCAGUCAGUCAGAGAUGUUCCUCUAAACGCGAUUAAUCUACACCAAACCUCUUAUUUACAGGUUCAGAUAUUCUCACACGAGCGUUAGGGAUGCUGAAGUUUAAAUACGGAGGCCACGUAAGUGUUGGGGAUAUGUCUGCAGUCGUUUGAGUUAUGUGCCGCUGCGCUCGACUCAAUCAGCUGCUGCAGGGGAAAUGCAGUGUGUCAGGUUCUACAGGAGUGAUGUGUUGUAAUAUGAAUGAUUGUGGUUUUUCAGGGAAUGUGGAGUGCGUCGGGUGUUAGCUCAUGAAGAUCAAACAUGUGGCCAACUUUGUCAACAAAUAUUCUGAUUUGGUGGCUGAAGUUCAGGAACUGCUUCCUGGUAAGAAGGAUUUUGAGGUGAGGGGCAUUGUGGGAAGGGGGCACUUCUCCGAGGUGCAGGUGGUGAAGGAGAAAGCUACAGGAGACGUGUACGCCAUGAAGAUCCUGGACAAAACCAGCCUGCGUUCACAGGACAACUGGAAUUUUUUCAAAAAAUUAAAGUGGAUUUUUGCCCUGAACUCCAGUCCCUGGAUCCCUCAGCUCCAGCACGCUUUCCAGGACCAGCACCACGUCUGUCUGGUGAUGGAGUUUCUGCCCGGCGGGGACCUCAUGGCUUUGAUGAACAGAUAUGAAGAUCAGUUAGACGAGUCUAUGGCUCAGUUUUACCUGGCGGAGCUCGUGCAGGCCAUUCACUCGGUCCAUCAGAUGGGAUACGUUCACAGAGAUAUUAAACCAGAGAACGUUCUGAUCGACCGGACGGGUCACAUUAAACUGGCUGACUUCGGAUCGGCGGCCAGACUGACGUCUAACAGAACGGUGACGUGCUCCAAGCUCCCGGUGGGCACUCAAGACUUCCUGGCCCCUGAGAUCCUGUCCGCGCUCAACGGAGGGCCGACGUGCAGCUACGGCCCCGAGAGCGACUGGUGGUCCCUGGGCGUCAUCGCUUAUGAACUGAUCUACAAGAAAUCACCCUUCGCUGACGGCACGUCCACAAAAACCAUCAACAACAUCAUGAACUUUCAGCGUUUCCUGAAGUUCGCAGAGGAGCCCAAAGCCAGCGCUCAGUUUGUCGACCUGCUGCAGAGUUUGUUAUGUGGAUCGCGGGAGCGUCUGGGAUACGAGGGCCUGCGCUCGCAUGCCUUCUUCUCCUCCGUCGACUGGACCAACCUGAGACACGCGCUCCCUCCGUUCGUUCCGUCUCUGCGUUCUGAGGAUGACACCUCCAAUUUCGAGGAGCCCGAGAGGCCCCCCCGCCCUGCGGCCGCUGCCCAGCGAGAUCAUCCUCGCUCAGGCUUCCACGGACGAGACCUGCCCUUUGUAGGGUGGUGCUUCAGUCGGGCCCUGAGUGCACUGGCCAAGUCUGAAUCGGUUGGCGCAGGGCUCAACUCUCCGGCCAAGACCAACUCCAUGGAAAAAAAGCUGCACCUCAAAAGCAAAGAACUGCAAGACACUCAAGACAAAUGUCACAAGAUGGAGCAGGAGAUCUCGCGGUUUCAGCGUAAGAUGACUGACCUGGAGUCAGUCCUGCAGCAGAAGGAUGUGGAGCUCAAAGCCUCCGAGACCCAGAGGAGCAUCCUGGAGCAGGACCUCGCCACCUACAUCACCGAGUGCAGCAGUCUGAAGCGCAGUCUGGAACAGGCUCGUGUUGAAGUGUCACAGGAAGAUGAUAAAGCGCUCCAGCUCCUCCAUGACAUCAGAGAACAGAGCAACAAACUCCAGGAGAUCAAGGAGCAGGUGAACAAACACUGUAGGAUGGAGGAGAUGCAGGUGACCAUCAGACAGCUGGAGGAGGAUCUGUCUGCCGCUCGCCGCCGCAGCGACCUGUACGAGACCGAGCUGCGAGAGUCACGGCAGACCAGCGAAGAGCUCAAGAGGAAAGCUGCCGAUUACCAGCAGAGGAUCCAGAAGGCGAAGGAGCAGGGGAAAGCAGAGGUGGAGGAGCUGCUCUCUAAACUUGAGAAGACAAACGCCGAGCAGCAGCUGAAGAUCCAGGAGCUGCAGGAUAAGCUCUCGAAGGCGGUUAUGGCGAGCACAGAGGCCACGGAGCUGCUGCAGAACAUCCGUCAGGCCAAAGAGCGUCUGGAGCGAGAGCUGGAGCGUCUGCGCAGCAAAUCUGACCCCAGCGACACGCUGCGCAGACGCCUGCGAGAGACUGAGGUACUGAGUUCACUCAAACACACUACAGUGUUUAAUAAACUGAAGGACGACAUCCAGACCAAAUCCCAACAGAUCCAACAGAUGGCUGAGAAGAUACUGGUGAGAGAGGAAUGCUUGCGGGACACUCAGGCCACAGCGCAGAGGAUGGAAGCCCAUCUGGUCCAGAAAGAGCGACUCUAUGAGGACAAAAUCAAGGUUCUGGAGGCUCAGAUGAAGGCAGAUCUAGCUGAUAAAGAGAGUCUGGAGCACAAACGAGCUCAACAUGAGGAAGAGGCGCGAGAGAAAUGCAAACUCAUCAGUGAGCAGAAAGCUACCAUCAAGGCCAUGGACAACAAGAUGAAGAGUCUGGAGCAGCGGAUCGCUGAACUCUCUGAAGCCAAUAAACUGGCGGCCAACAGCAGCAUUUACACACAGAAAAACAUGAAAGCUCAGGAGGAGAUGAUCUCGGAGCUGCGGCAGCAGAAGUUUUACCUGGAGUCGCAGGCGGGGAAACUGGAAGCGCAGAAUGCCAAACUGGAGGAACAUCUGGAGAAGAUGAGCCAGCAGGAGCAGAGCAGGAAGAGCCGACUCCUGGAGCUGGAGACCAGACUCAGAGAGAUGGGUCUGGAGCACGAGGAGCAGAAGCUGGAGAUCAAGCGUCAGGUGACGGAGCUCACGCUCUCGCUGCAGGAGAGAGAGUCUCAGAUCAGCAGCCUGCAGGCGGCGCGGCACGCGCUCGAGAGUCAGCUACAGCAGGCCAAGACUGAGCUGGAGGAGACGACGGCGGAAGCUGAGGAGGAGAUCACUGCGCUGAGAGCCCACAGAGAUGAGAUUCAGCGCAAGUUUGACGCACUGAGGGACAGCUGCUCGGUGAUCACGGACCUGGAGGAGCAGCUGACCCAGCUGACCCAGGAGAACGCCGAGCUGAACCGGCAGAACUUCUAUCUGUCCAAGCAGCUGGACGAGCUGACGGUGGAGAGCGAGGAGCGCCUGCAGCUCAGUCAGGACGUGGACCGUCUGCGCAGAGAGGUGGCCGACCGAGAGAUGCACCUCAACAACCAGAAACAGAACAUCGAGACUCUGAAGACCACGUGCAGCAUGCUGGAGGAGCAGGUGGUGGAGCUGGAGAGUCUGAACGACGAGCUCCUGGAGAAGGAGAGACAGUGGGAGAACUGGAGAUCGGCUCUGGAGGACGAGAAGAGCCAGGCGGAGCGCAGGACCAGAGACAUGCAGAGACUGCUGGACAACGAGAAGCAGAACAGGUUGCGAGCGGACCAGCGCAGCACAGAGUCUCGGCAGGCGGUUGAGCUGGCCGUCCGCGAGCACAAGGCCGAGAUCGUGGCUUUGCAGCAGGCCCUGAAAGAGCAGAGACUGAAAGCAGAGAGUCUGUCUGAUACUCUCAAUGACCUGGAGAAGAAACACGCCAUGCUGGAGAUGAACGCAAGGAGCCUUCAGCAGAAACUCGAGACGGAGAGAGAACUCAAACAAAGACUCAUGGAAGAGGUGAAGGAGAGAGAACUCAAACAAAGACUCAUGGAAGAGAGGAUGGGAAUGUGGAGGAGAAGAUUCUUCAGACUGACGCAGGGACUGCAGGAUGCACUGGACCAGACCGACCUGCUCAAGACUGAGAGAACCGACCUCGAGUACCAGCUGGAGAACAUACAGGCCGUCUACUCGCACGAGAAAGUGAAAAUGGAGGGAACCAUCUCACAGCAGACCAAACUCAUCGACUUCCUGCAGGCCAAGAUGGACCAGCCCACCAAGAAGAAGAAGGGUAUAUUCGGCCGGCGGCGUGAGGAGGUGGGCGUCACGGCUAACGGCGCGGCGGCGGUCUCGUCUCAGUCCUCCGUUCCCCUGCAGUACGGAGACAUGAAGGCAGCGCUGGAGAAGGAGCGGGUGCGCUGCUCAGAGCUGGAGGAGGCGCUGCAGAAGAUGAGGAUCGAGCUGCGCUCCUUACGAGAGGAGGCGGCUCAUUUUAAAGCGCAGGAGCACAUGGCUCCGUCCACGCCGGCCACGGCCCGUCAGCAGAUCCUCAUGUCAGCCAUCGUGAAGUCUCCGGAGCGCCAGCCCAAUCCCAGCAGCCUCCUGAACCCGUCCAGCUCGGCCCGCCGCAAGGAGAGCUCCACGCCCGAGGAGAAGAGGAGGGUGACGUUUGAAAAGUACGGGCGGCGCGUGAAGGAAAGAAUGCAUCACAACAUCCCGCAUCGCUUCACGGUGGGGCUGAACAUGAGAGCGGCGAAAUGUGCCGUCUGUUUGGACACGGUUCACUUUGGCCGACAGGCUGCUACGUGUCUGGAGUGUCGUACUCUCUGUCAUCCCAAGUGUUCCCCGUGUCUGCCGGCGACCUGCGGUCUUCCUGCUGAAUACGCCACUCACUUCACUGAGGCUCUGUGUCGGGAUAAAGCCAGCUCCCCCGCGCCGCAGGUCAAGGAGGCCUCGGGUCACGUGCGUCUGGAGGGAUGGAUGAAGCAGCCCAGGUGCGGCUCUAUUAACUCGGUGAAGCCGCUGGAGGAGUUUGAGCUGUGUUUGCCGGACGGUGAGGUGACGGUGCACGGAGCCGUCGGAGCCUCGGAGCUCAUCAACACGGCCAAAUCAGAUGGGUUUCUGGAGUCUCAUCCUCACACCACGUGUUGGCCGGGUCAGUCUCUGUACUUCAUGGCUCCCAGUUUCCCAGAUAAGCAGCGCUGGGUGGCUGUUCUGGAGUCAGUGGUGGCCGGCUGCAGAGGAUCCCGAGAGAAGAGCGAGGCGGACGCGGCUGGUGUUAAACGUCAGAAGACUCUCUCACCGCUGGUUCAGAAGCUGCUGGGAAACUCUCUGCUGAAGCUGGAGGGAGACGAUCGGCUGGAUAUUAACUGUACUCUACCACUGACUGACCAGAUCGUGCUGGUGGGCUCAGAGGAGGGUCUGUACGCUCUGAACGUCAUCAAGAACUCUCUCACACACAUCCCGGGACUCGAGUCUGUGUUUCAGAUCCAGGUCCUGAAGGAGCUCGACAAGCUGCUCAUGAUCACCGGUGAGGAGCGCGCUCUGUGUCUGGUGGACAUUAAACGGGUCAAGCAGUCUCUGGCUCAGUCUCAUCUGCCGGCGCAGCCCGAUCUCAGUCCAUACAUCUUUGAGGCGGUGAAAGGCUGCCACCUCUUUGCUUCUGGAAAGAUCGACGCGUGUAUGUGUAUCUGUGCUGCGAUGCCUAAUAAAAUCACCAUCCUGCGCUUCAACGACACGCUCAACAAGUUCUGCAUCAGAAAGGAGAUCGAGACGUCUGAACCCUGCAGCUGCAUACACUUCACCGGAUACAGCAUCAUCAUCGGCACCAACAAGUUCUACGAGAUCGAGAUGAAGCAGUAUGUGCUGGAAGAGUUCCUGGAUAAGAGCGACGUGACUCUGGCCUCGGCUGUGUUCGCCGCCUCGUCCCACAGCUUCCCCAUCUCCAUCAUCCAGGUGUCCAGCGCGCCGCAGAAAGUCGAGUACCUGCUCUGCUUCCACGAGUUCGGUGUGUUUGUGGAUGCGUACGGCCGCAGGAGUCGCAGCGAUGACAUCAAGUGGAGCCGCCUGCCGCUGUCCUUCGGUAAAACCUAGUUUUAUUCACCAGCUUUGUUUGUGACGUACUUGUUUUUUAUGUACGUCAUCGAGGUUCAGAGUCACUCUGCGCUCGGGCCUCACGCUUACGCUCACCUGGACAUUCCCAGCCCGCGGUACCUGGGUCCGGCCAUCUCGUCCGGUGCCGUGUAUCUGGCCUCGUCCUACCAGAACAAGCUGCGUGUGAUCUGCUGCAAAGGAAACCUGAGUCAGGAGGCAGAAGCACAGAGAAACGGAUCCACACGCAGCCCGAACAAGCGCGGUCCUCCCACCUACAACGAGCACAUCUCCAAGCGUCUGGCUGCGAUGCCUGAUGUUCAGGAGGGCCUCCAGCAGCCCGGGACGCCCCACCGCUACCGCGAGGCUCGCACCGAGUUCAGACGGGACAAGUCUCCCGCGCGGCCCCUGGACAGAGAGAAGUCCCCCGGCCGGCCGGAGCGGUCCCCCGGCAGGAUGAUGGACCCUCGGCUGGACCGCUCGCCGGGGCGCGUCAUGGACCUGCGCAGGGAGCGCUCACCCGGCCGGGCGUUUGAGGAGCCUCGCCAAAGACUGCACACGGGAUCAGCACGCACCCCCAUCAACACUGUUAACAAGGUCAGGAUGACUAACACACACACACACACACACACACACACACACACUCUCUCACUCUCUCACUCACUCACACACUCUCACACACACACUUACUCACACACUUACAAACUUUAUCAGAUGAAACUGAUGUUCGGUGAGAAGUUAUUACACACUGAUGAAAGAUGA